AUGAGUUAAUUAAUAUCAAAAAUAUUUUUCUAAAAAACAGUGUUAGUAUUAAGAAUUCAAGGUUCAAUAAAUUCUUAAUUGUAAUAAUAGAUUUAUACAUUAUAGAGUUAGUUAAAUAUCUCAUUAGUUGGAGAAUUAUAAUAGAGGAAGUGUAAUAGCUUUGGGAUUAAUUAUAAAUUCUAAAGGAGGAUGUCCCUAUUAAGUUGAAGUGUUAAAAAAGAGGAUUACCAAUUAUCUAAAUGGGUUACCUCUUUAUACAUUUGCAACUGAACAUAGUUUAGGCAAUGCAUAUUAAUUGUUAUAAUUGGGAAAUAAAUCUUAUGCUUAAAAUACAUCUAAGAUUGGUUUCACAUAAAUUUAUUAAAAUAAAUUGAAUUUUGGAGAAUUUCUAUAAGAUUAAGGCAUAAAUGUAAAAAUAUUUUAUAUUUAAUAUAAGUCAUUGUAAUAUUAAUCUAAUGAAAUAGUGAAUCAUAAUUUAUGUGUAAACUCACCAAUUAAAAGCAAAAGUUAACUAGAAAUGGAUUAUUUAGAAAGUUAUUAUGGAUUUAGAAGUAAGCAGUUGAGUAAUGAAUGUUGGUUGAAUAGAAGAGAGUAAUUAAAAUUAAGAUAGGAAUAAUUGGAAAAUAAUAUAUAUAUAGGUUAAGAAGCAAAAGAAUUAGGUUUAGUGGAUGAAUUAGGCACAUAUGAGAAGGUUCUGAUGUAAUAGUAUCCAAAAGCAAAAUUAAUACCAAUAAAUUUAGAAGGGAAAUUAAGAGAAUAUGAGAAUUGGUUUAAUUUAUUCAUAAAAAUAUCACAAUCAAGUAUGGAAAGUUGAUAAAUAAAUUAAGGAGGGUUUUUGGGAUUAGUAUUUUUAUUUGGGGUGAAAGUAAUUGUGAAAUGGGGAUUGAUAAUAUAUGUAUGGAGAUAGACAGUAAAAUAAAGGAAAUUAUAGAAAGAAUCUAGGUAAUAAUAAUAAUGAGC